ACUUUUACUAAUGGCAAUCUCGUUUUUCGGUCUCGCCAUUUUCCUUUUUCUUACCCUUGACUCUGAUUUCAUCUCUUCCCCCGUCUCUGCAGCUUCCGAAGGCGUCCAGAUUACUUAUGGGUCAGUGAUCAAGUUGAUGCAUGAGAGAACAAAGUUUAGGCUGCAUUCGCAUGAUGAACCAUAUGGCUCUGGUAGUGGGCAGCAGUCCGUCACUGGUUUUCCCAACGUUGAUGACUCAAACAGCUAUUGGAUUGUUAGACCUGUAUCAGAUACCAAUGCCCAACAAGGGGAUACAAUCAAAGGUGGUACCAUCAUCAGACUGCAACACAUGAGGACCAGAAAAUGGUUACAUAGCCACUUGCUAAAUUUACUAGGCCACUCACAGCCUGUCUAUCAGCUUCUGAAACCGUGA